AUGGAGACUGUACCUUUAAGGCACCCAUAUCAGACUAUCCCUUCAUCAUCGCAACCCUUGGCACACCAAAAACUUUCUCAACAUCAACAACCUGAGAAAUCCCAGAAACAAUUCCCAUCAUACCUUGAUGCAUAUGAUUUAUCGCCAAGAGCAAGAGCUAUUUGCGAAAUACUCGCUAGGGUUUUUCCGGCUGAGGUUGAAACCGCAUUAUCAGUGACAGGAAUGAACCUCGAGCCUGAAGUUGUACAAGAAGUGAUCAAGUUCUCGUAUGGAUGCCCUGAAGCUACCAUGAUAUUUUUCAAAUGGGUGGGUUUGAAGCAAAAGCAUUCGCCUUUAACGUGGAAUUUGAUUGUGGAUUUGCUUGGGAAGAAUCAGAUGUUUGAGCGGAUGUGGGAAGCGAUUAGGUCAAUGACGCAAGAGGGUGUUGUAUCCAUAACCACAUUUGUUUCAGCUUUCAGGAGCUACUGUGAGGUUGGAAGGUUUAAUGAAGCUAUAAAGGCGUUUGAUGCGAUGGAAAAGUAUGGAAUUCAACCUGAUGUUGUGGCUCUCAACUCUCUUUUGAGUGCUAUAUGUCGUGAACAUUUCCAAACAGAAAUAGCAGCAGAGUUUUUCGAAAAAAUCAAGACUAAAAUCCCUCCAGAUGCAGAUUCUUUUGCGAUUCUGUUAGAAGGGUGGGAGAAAGAAGGAAAUGUGGCGAAGGCAAAAACGAUGUUUGCAGAGAUGGUGAUUCGUGUUGGCUGGAGCCCAGAAAACAUGUCAGCUUAUGUUGCUUUUUUGAACACUCUAAUUCAAGGUUCACAAGCUGAUGAAGCUCUAAAGUUUCUUCAUGUAAUGAAGGGGAAGAACUGCUUACCAGGUUUGAAAUUCUUCUCAAAUGCUCUUGAUGUUCUUAAUAACCAGAACGAUUCUGCUCAUGCUUUAUCUCUAUGGGAAAUCAUGACAACGAAUGGGUUAAUCCCAAAUUUGGUCAUGUAUAAUUCCAUAAUCGCUUUGCUUUGCAACAAAGAUGAAAUCAAUAACGCCUACCAACUGCUCGAUGAAAUGCCUUUCAAUGGAGUUUUCCCUAAUUCCCUAACUUACAACUUAAUCUUCGAAUGUCUGAUCAAGAACAAGAAGGUGAAGGAAACUGGGAACUUUUUCUUGGAGAUGAUAAAGAACGAACAGCCUCCAACCCCUUCAAAUUGUGCAUCUGCCAUUUCAAUGUUUUUUGAACUUGAUGAUCCUGAAAUGGGAUUUGAGAUUUGGUUUUAUAUGAUGAAAGAUGGUGUUUCACCUCUUGAGGAUAGUGCUAAUGCUUUGCUGAUUGGGCUUGCUAGUAUGGGUAGGCUGACUGAAUUGAGGAGAUAUGUUGAACAAUUUUUUCUUAAAGGAAUCAAGAUUUAUGAGUCUACAAUGGGGAAGUUGAAGAUUGCUUUCCUUAAGGAGGGAAGAAAGGGAGUUAAUGUAUAUACUGAUCUUGAUUGGAAAUGGAGAUCUUCAUAG